UUUCUGGCCAAUUUCUUGGAAAUGAAAAUGUUGAGUGUGAAAUUUACAUUAGUAUUAUUCUUGAAUUUCGAAAAUUGCAUCUAUAAAUAUGAUGGAGGGAUUGCUGAAGAAUUUGCAUGAACCAUUUUCGAAAAUAAAUUUAUUGAAUUUGUGAUUAUGGGUCAAGAGGGCAGGAAUAUCGUCGACGCCGUCUCCGGCUGGCUCACCGUCUACGACGACGGUACGGUCGACCGGACGUGGACCGGUCCGCCGGAGGUCAAAUUCAUGUCGGAGCCAACGCCGGCCCACCGGGAAUUCGUCGACGGGGUGGCCACGGCGGAUGUGGUGGCGGACGAGGCCUCCGGGCUUAGAGUGCGGAUCUACUCGCCGGAGAAGAUGGAGGGUGAACCGGAGAAGCUGCCGGUUCUCCUCCACUUCCACGGCGGCGGGUUUUGCAUCAGCCGGGCCGACUGGUACAUGUACUACGCGCCGUACACGCGCCUGGCGCGCGUGGCGAGGGUGGUGGUGGUGUCGGUGUACCUGCGCCUGGCGCCGGAGCACCGCCUCCCGGCGGCGAUUGAGGACGGAUACGGAGCUCUGAUGUGGCUACGCGCCGUCGCCGGCGGGGAGGUGAGCGAGCCGUGGCUGGAGGAGCGGGCGGAUUUGGGUCGGGUUUUUCUGAUCGGAGACAGCUCCGGCGGGAACAUCGUGCACCAGGUGGCGGCGCGUGCGGGGAAGGAGGGUACGGCGCCGGUGACGGUGGCCGGAGCGAUUCCGAUCCACCCUGGAUUCUGCCGGGCGCGGCGGAGCAAGUCGGAGCUGGAGCAGCCGGAGACGCCGUUCCUGACGCUGGAUAUGGUGGACAAAUUCAUCGCCCUGGCUUUGCCGGAGGGGGCGACGAAGGACCAUCCGAUAACGUGUCCGAUGGGGGAGGCGGCGCCGCCGAUGGAGGAGCUGGAGCUGCCGCCGUACCUGUUCUGCGUGGCGGAGCAGGAUCUGAUAAAGGACACGGAAAUGGAGUUCUAUGAGAUGAUGAAGAAGGUGGGGAAGGAAGUGGAGCUUUUUGUCAGCGGCGGCGUAGGGCACAGCUUUUAUUUGAACAAGAUCGCGGUGGACAUGGACGCCACCACCGCGGCGGAGACGGAGAAGUUGUUUGAGAAGAUAAAGGAGUUUAUCCACAGCCGUUGAUGGGUCGCCGGAGUAGUAUCAGCCGUUGAUUAUAAAUUUUAGUUUAAUAAAAUAAUAAUAAUAAUAAUAAGUGGGUUAUAUUUGUUGAGUGCGGUUUGGUUUGGUUUGGUAUGGUUAUUAAUUAAAUAAACAAAGUGGUUUGGUCA